UUUAAUUUUUGUAGAAUUCCAAGUACACUUUCAAUGUGUCCUGCUAGUCUGUAGCUAGAAGUAGACGUUCCUGGAAAAGCAAGGAGGGAUCUUCUCACAGUUAAUGAUAUUUGGUCUGAUGAACUGAAAAACAAAAGGAAGACAGAAAAUCUUGACAACGUAGAAGAUGUUGAUGAAGAAAGGAAAUGGUUAUUAGAUUUAUUGUUGGAGGAAUCUGAUGCGGAUUCUGGGAAUGCCUUUUGCUAUUCGUCUUCAUCGAGAUUGGCUAUUUAGCGUUGGGGAUGAUCGAUCACUUCGUGUUUGGAUAAUGCAUGGACUUCAAAUUUUCGAAAAUAUGGGCAUAGUGCACGUCUUUUGCUUCGGAAAUUUUUGAACGAGCAAAACUGAUUUUUAAGGAUGGGAUUGAUGAAUAUUUGUGUAUUUGGAGAUGGACAGGUUUUAUAAAAAUUUUUAGAAUAAUCUCGUUUAUAAUACUCUUUAUAAUACCCUCUAUAAGACCCCCCAAUUUUUAAAUUGUCAUUAAAAUUUGCGGACAUCCGCAAAAAUUGUCCGCAAAUAUAGUAUUUUUAUGGGUUGCCACUGUCAUAUGGCCAAUGUGUGAGGGAGCUACCUAACAAAUAAGUGGUACUUCUAUGUAAGAUAAAGUCCACAAAGUUCCGCAAAAAUUUGCGGACAUCCGUAAAAAUUGUCGCAAAAAUUUUUAUGGGUUGUAACUGUCAGGUGGCCUUUGUGUAGGGUGGUCACUGUCAGGUGGCCGCUUUGUGUUUAAAGCAUUCUUCCAAUUUUAAAAAUCAAUCGGAAAUUCUUAAUUUGGUAUUUUCUAAAAAAUUUUUUUAAUUUUUGCGGACGUCAGCAAAAAUUUGCAGACUUUUUUAUUUCCUUUUUUUUAAAAGUUAAUUUAUCUCGGAUGGGUGAUUUGGUUAGUGUUUGUCUUCCUCUUUCUGAAGUUGAUCAUUGUUCCAGUUUUGAACCAAGGCAUUUUUUUGAAUUUGGCUCG